UGUGGGCUAUUAGAAAGUUGGAAUCGAGAGACUGAGAGAAAGCAAUAUGCGUGACGCAUGGGGCAUUUGGCCACAUAGUGGUAAAGUUAUACGUGCGCAUUAGGCUAUUCACACGACUAUCCUUGGAGCUUUGUUUUCAACUAAAGGAUUAUCUGUGGCUGGUGUACAUAUAUAGUGUGUACUACGACGUUUAUAUAGUGAGUAUUGCAGUUGUGGGUGUGCUGCAUGACACUGUAUUUAAACGAUAUUGAAAAUGGCAGCUGUUGCACGAUCAGCGAAAACAGUGAAAAAGCUCGAAAAACCUCGACCAUUGAAAAUAGCUAGCCAGAACAGAUACUCCACUGUAGAUGGAAAAAUAUCAUCAGUGGAGGAUAUAAUGACUCUUGCAGAGUCUGUAUGUUCUCAGUUAACAAAUGGAAACUGUGACCACCUAUUGCAGUUAAAUGUUGUGAAUCUAUGCACUAACUUAAAGCAAUAUGGACAGACACUGGAAGGCGUUUACAAAGAUCAGUUGGAUAGAUGUUUUGUAGCUUUCAGGAAUGGCUGUAAAGAUGAGAAAGUUGACUAUGUGUCUAGAAUUCACCUGUUAGAAAUAAUAGAAUUAAGAGCAAGAAACUGGGUGUCCAGUGACGAUCUGAAUAAUUAUUAUCGUCCUAAACUGAGUGCUGUUGAACAGGAAGUGCUGCCAGUACCUGAUGCAACAGGACUCUCUCUUUCUCCAACAGUGUUAGCCCAAGCAGUCAUUACCCCAACUACACCUCAACCGUCAUUGUUGAAUCCAGGGGAAGUUAUAAAAGCCUCAGGGAAAUUUGCUAAACCAACAAAAAUACCAGGAAAGAAUUAUUGCAAAGAUGAGGUAGUUAUAAGGAACUCGGAUUCGGGAAAAGUGAUGGGCAUCAAAGGGCGCAGAGUCCACAUGAUAGAAGAGCUGAGUGAAACGAUCAUAUCAUUUCAGCGAGUUAAUCCUGGUGCAAAGGAGAGGCUGGUGCAGAUAACUGGUCCCAAUGAAGAAAAAAUAAAUUACGCAAAGCAUUUAAUAGAGGACACAAUAAGACGCAAUGCCUCACCAGUACGUCUCGAGCAUGAAAAAGAAAGGGUUGGUGAUUCAAGUAGCAGCUUAAAUAGUAGUGCAUCAGAUGAAAGCAAUAGACUUUCCACUCUUGGGGGAGGACGAAGUAAGCUUUUACAUAGCUUCUCCACCAGUGAUGCAACUCUGGAAUAUAAGUACACGGUGACUGUUGAUGAUCAUACAAUCAAGAUAACUGGUGCAAAUUUGGAUCUAGUGCUGACUGCUAAACUUAUUUUGGACGAAUUCUUUUAUGGAGAACAAGAACGACCACAGGUUUCAAAAGAAUGUGAUGAAGGUUCUGAAACAGAAGCAAGUGGUCCACAUGGGGACAUAGUUGAUGCAACUCCAGUAGGAAGCAGUAGAGUGGAUGGGAUUGAUAGUGGUGCAACAAGUGAGAGUGAGGAAACAUACAAAGCUCCUGCUUCCAGUGCAGCUAUGAAACUGGACUCCUCAAAUAAUGCAUUUGUAUCAGUGAAAGGAGACACAUCUGCUCAAAUGAAUGUGCUCAGGCACCGGAUAAUGGAAACUUGUGCUAAAGAAACAGAGCUGCCCAACCGACUAGCAGACGUAGGACUUAAAAGUGGUACAACAUUUUCAUCCACUACAAACAAGCCAUUUUCAAGAGACAGUACCUCUGAUGACAUUAUCAUUAUAGAUCUCACUGAGGAUGGAGAUGAUACAGAUAUAGCAUCACCUGCAUCUCUAGUAACUAACAACCCGAGUGUUAUUCGUUCUCAGAAAGAGCCUUCGUACCUGUAUACACGUGAACAGCUUCUGCGUUUUUCAUUAUCAAAGUGUGUAAAGAACUUGCCAGAUGAUUGGGAAAGGAUCUGCAGAGAAUAUCCAGCGAUAGUAACAAAGAAUGCCGAUAUGUUUGAUCCUGUGGCAUAUUCGAAGAAGUGGCAAGAAGUGGAAGUAGUCACUGCAGUCAUAAGCUCUACAGAAGUGGAUCCAGCAGAUGUUGAGUGACAGAUGAUGACUGAAUAUGUUCACAUAUUCUGUACUUCUUAUUUUUACAGUGCUUUUCUUUGUUUUGCUUGUAAAAUUCAUGAAUCGGAGACAAAAUUAGGAGAAUAAAUAUUAUUCACACCUUUCAUUCUGAUCGUAAUGUAGCUGCACUGCUGUUCAUUGCUGAACUGAAUUGACAAUUCAGAAUUAAUAAUUGCUCUUCUUGGGUACCAUCUCAUAAGGACAGGAUGAGGGGGAAUAAGUCACUUUACUGUUAUUUAUUUAUUUUUUAUUUAUAUAAUAUAUUAUUCAUUUUACAGAUUUAUGUGCUGUUAAAUUUCUUAACAUUGUCUUUCAUAUUGUGAAAUGUGAAUCUCAAGACUCUUCUAGAGAUUAGUACGUGCAUUUCAGUUUUGUUGUUUGUACCUGUAUAGGUAGCCAAAGAACAUUUUAUAUUCUUUAUUACAUUGAAAAUAUGGAAUGGAAGUCAAACUUACAUUUGGAAGGGGUGAGGAGCAAGAUUGCUAGUCCUACAGAGGAUUUUUAAGUAGAGAGAUCACGUUACUGGAGUUGUUUAUAAAAUACACUUCCUUGUGGCACUUAAAUUUUAGUUAUGUGUUUAAAUGACAAUAUUAGUGAAUUUAUUUUAUUGCAAGCUAUUGGGUAGCUUGUGAAGAUUUUUGAAUGCAUUCUUUCUAAUAUUGUACAUAAAAUACAAGAAAAAUUGACAGUUAAAUUACUUUUGCUGACUU